UUCUGCUGCCUACUCUGUGAGCACUACCUAUGAACCAAACCAAAAUCCAAACAUUGUGCAUAUAUAACUAUAAGCUAGUGACUCCUCCCAAUGCUAAAAGUGAGGGAAAGGGAAAUGGUGAGGUGUGAAAAGCAAUAUGGAAAGGAGCCUCCAGUUGUCCUCUCAGAUCCUAUGGUGUUGGAGAUUAAUCGUUUGCAUAACCAAUUCAAAGAAAAAGUUAAGGAUGUAGCAACUUGUCAGAGUGAAAUCAAAGCACUAAGGUCAACUGAAGCUCUGAAGGAUAAGGCCAUAGAAGAGCUGAUAAAUGAAGUCAGUAAACUCGACGAGAGACUUAGAGUUACAGAGGAUCGUCUUAAGCAAAAGAAUAUAGGAAUCAAGAAACUGACAGACAAAAAGAAAAGUGCAAUGGCUGCACAAUAUGCCGCAGAAGCAACACUUAGAAGGGUGCAUGCAAACCAAAACGAUGAAGAUUCUGUUCCAAUUGAUAACGUCAUUGCCCCUCUUCAAGCUGAGAUUAAAAUGUAUAGGAAUGAGAUAACAGCACUUCAAGAAGAUAACAAAACUUUAGAACGACUCAAAAAGUCGAAAGAGAAGGCAUUGCUAGAUGCAGAGAGGAUUUUGCAAAGUGCACUAGAGAAGGCUCUAAUAAUUGAAGAAGUUCAAAAUCAAAAUUUUGAUUUAAAGAGACAGAUUGAUAUCUACCAGGAGGAGACCAAAAUUUUAGAGAAAUCUCACCGCCAAAAGAUUCUUGAAGUUGAAAAGCUUAGCCAAACCAUUCAAGAACUUGAGGAAGUCAUCUUAGCUAAUGGCGCUACAGCUAACGUUGUUCGCGAUUACCAAAGACAGUUUUCUGAAUUGCAAGAGGAGAAAAGGACACUAGAGAGGGAGCUAGAAAGAGUAAAAGUUUCGGCCAAUAGAAUUGCAAAUGGCAAGGCUAAUGAGUGGAAGGAUGAAAAUGACAAGGUCAUGCCUGUCAAGCAAUGGCUAGAAGAGAGAAGGAUUAUACAGGCAGAGAUGCAAAGGUUGAAAGACAAGCUAGCUAUAUCAGAGAGAACAGCCAAGGCAGAAUCACAGAUGAAGGAAAAACUAAAAGUGAGACUAAAAACACUGGAGGAAGGUUUAAAACAUUCUUCAAUUUCAAAAGCAGAAAAGUCUAACAUCAUAAGUUCCCCAACAGCAAGUGGUGGUCCAAAAAAGAGAUCCACAUCACAACCAAGAGCAUCUGCGAUUGGGAGUCCUUUGUUUCAACAGACAAAUAUAAAAAACAACACAAACACUGUUGAUGGGAAUUUAAAACAGGAAAAUCCUAUUAAAAUGAAAUAUACUUCUGCAGAAAACAUGUUGAAGAAAAGGAUAUGGACUUCAAGAAGUAAAGUUGCUGAUGGUGGUGAAAAGGAAAAUGAGAUACAGGUGAACACAGACAUGAAUUUAAACCAGUUCAAUGCUGAAAGUGAAGCAGCAGAAAUCAAAACAAUUGUUGAUGUGAAUGAAGACUUCCAAAGCAAGAAACCAAAUUACUCGUGCAGUGACGAUUUGGUGUCAGGUUUUUUGUAUGAUAGGCUGCAAAGAGAGGUCAUUAAAUUGAGGAAGUCUUGUGAAACCAAAGACAGUAGGUUGCAAGCUAAAGAUGAAGAAAUUAAGAUGUUCAUGAAAAAAGUUGAUGCACUGACCAAGUCCAUGGAAGUAGAGUGCAAGAAAAUGAAAAGAGAUGCAGCUGCUAGAGAAAAGGAGGUUUCAACAAUAUUAAGUUCAGAUGAUAACAGGAAAAACAGAAACGAAGACUCCUCUAAAAGGGUGAUGAAAAAACAUUGACGAAUCUUUAUUUGGAGAUAGCUAAAGGAAUUUUAUUGAUCAACUCUGUGAUUUUUCUUUGUAAAUACAAAACAUUUGAUGAGAUUAGUAUAUUGGAAUAAAUUUCCACUAGCGAAAAGGAGUUCCAUAAUUUGAUUAUGUACAAACAAAAAUGUUCAAUGUGAACCUGUAAAUUUGUAUAAAAGAGUUUCUUUGAUUGUGAGUUUUACA